CUUAAAAAAGUGCAUCUACUUUGUGCACGGAGAAGAACAGCUGCAGAAACUGAGCAAAGACUGAAGUUAGGAAAGAGAGACAUAUAGUGCCUGGAAGGAAGCUGUGGAAAAUGUCCUGGUUUGAGUUCUGGAGCAGGAGGAUGCAGCAAACAGAGCAUCAGAUGAGAACUCCUCAGCUGAACCCCUCUCAGAGAAACCUGUUACAUGGCAACUAUGAAGUCCGGGUAGAGCUACAGAAAGAGAGGAUGACAUCUCUGUUGCCCCCAAUUGGCGUGGAAGUCUUCAGACGCUUUACACCAGCGUCACUGGAGAAGAUCCAACUACAACAGGAAGAUGAGAAGAAAAAACAGAAACCAAAAAAGAACAAAACCAAACCAGCCAGUCACCUGAAGGCUGGGAGACCCCUUCCUUUUAUUUACGGGGACUUGCCCCCAGAAUUUUGCAGAACCCCUCUGGAGGAUUUGGAUCCCUUCUAUGAAACUCAGAAGACCUUUGUUGUAGUGUGUAAGGAAAAGAUAAUACACAGGUUUAAUGCUGAGUCGGCCUGUUACCUGUUUAGUCCUUUCAACCCUCUGAGGACCACUGCCAUCAAGAUCCUCCUCCACCCUGUGUUCAGUUGGUUUCUCAUCUUGACGAUUUUGACUGGCUGUGUGUUUAUGCUGGUCGAGCAGCCAUUGAUGGGAAUGGUAGUUGAGUGUGUGUUGUUAAGUAUCUUCACCCUUGAGCUCCUCCUGAAGUUUUUGUCCAGAGGCGUGGGCUUUGGACAAUUCACCUCCCUCAGGGAUCCCUGGAACUGGCUGGAUAUCCUCAACAUCACCGUGACUGUUUUCUUUCUAUGUGAUCCUUUUAAUGAAUUAGAUGCUUUGAGAACGAUUUCUCGUGUAUUGAAGCUCUUCAGCUACAGACCAGGUCUGAAGAAGACGGUCGAAAAGCUUGUGCAUUCACUCAAGGAGCUGGCUGAUGUCAUGGUCCUUGGGGUAUUUGUCCUGAGUAUCUUAACUGUGCUUGGCAUGCAGCUUUUCAUGGGUCAGUUGAGCAAUAGGUGUGUUAUGAGCUCACCAUCUGGAAUGAAUGACACACCAACCCCUUGGCCCUAUGCAAACCCCAACUCUUCUGAAGAGUUUGCUUUUGGAGACUUUUUAUGUGGGAACAGCUCAUAUGCUAGGGAGUGUCCAGAUUCCCUUUGUUUAAGACUUGGGAAGAACCCAGACCAUGGAUUCACCAGCUUUGGCACAUUUGGUUGGUCUCUGCUGUCUGUGUUGAGAAUAUUGACUCAGGACUUCUUCGAUAGGCUUAUGAAAAUGACUUUGGAAGUAAUAGGUAAACCCUAUGUGAGUGCCUAUGUGCUCAUAUUCUUUCCCGGAUGUUUUGUGGUGGUAAGCCUCAUUGUGGCAGCAGUUGCGAUAUUGCUGGUGAAACAAGAGGAGGCUGAGGCUGCUGAAGCCAAAAAAGCUGAAAAAGAGUUCACUCGAAUUGUAAAGGUGCUAAAAAAGAGAGAGGAGAAGGAGGCCACAGAUGGGACAGAGCUCUUGGAAGAUCUUGAUUCAGCACAUAAGAAGAAACCAGCAGCAAAUACUAAGGAACAGGAACCUCUCACUGGGGAAGAUGAUGCGGAUAAAGUCAAGCCUUUGUGCAGCUCUCAUUGGAACAGAGUCCUGGAGAAUGACUGCUGCAGUUGCUCACAAUGGCUUAAACAAAAGCUCCGUCCGAUUGUGAUGAAUCGUUUUUUUGAACUAGGAAUAAUAAUUUGCAUCAUCUUAAACACUAUCCUUAUGGCCAUGGAACAUUAUCCAAUGACACCUGAAUUUGAAAAUCUGUUCUUGCUAAACGAGGUGUUUCUUGCAAUCUACGUAGCAGAAUUUCUACUUAAGCUUUUGGCCCUGGGUGUUAAAGGCUACUUCCAGGUGAGAUGGCACAUAUUUGACUUCAUCAUUGUCCUCUCUGGCCUGUUGCUUCUUAUGAUCGCGGAUGUGCAGGGACUAUGGGUGCUGAGAUCAGUACAAUUGCUGGUAUCACUGAGGUUGGGACGUUGGUGGCACACCUUGAGCCUGCUGAUGAAGAUCACCUGGUUUUCAUUUGGGAAUCUCAGUCGCGUUCUAUUUUGGGCAUUCUUCAUGUUUGCAAUGGUUGGCAUGAAGCUCUUUAAGGACGACUACUAUCGUGAGCUUCCAGAAUGGCACAUGGACGACUUUGUGCACUCCAUCUUGCUUGUCUUCAGAAUCCUCUGCGGAGAGUGGAUUGAGACCAUGUGGGACUGCAUGCUGGUUUCCAAUGAUGGCCUAUGUGUCGUCUACUUCAUGGUGGUUGUGUUCAUUGGAAACCUGCUGGUGCUGUGUCUGUUUCUUUCUCUCUUGUUGAGCCCAUUGUAUGCUAAAGCAUCAGGAGGUGCAGAGGGACAAGAAACAAAUAAAAGUCAGAGUCGACCAUGGGUCCCAGAGUUUUUCAGGACUUUGAUAGGAAAAAAUCUGUGUGUUGACAUAGAUCAGAAAGCAGCCACGUCUAAGACCAACGGCAAGGAAGACUAUCUGGCAUUAACAGUUGUUACGUCAGAACAGCCAUCCCUUAGAGACCCAAGUAAUGAUUCAACCAAAAUCCAAACAGCAGCAAAUAACAAAGAGAAUAAGCAGGAAUGUGAUGGGGUGCAGAAGUCUCUGGACAACAGAAAUCUGACAAAAAACACACCUGGAGACUGCUGCUGUUCAGUUUGUUACAACUGCUUUUCGAUCCAGGAUAUAGACACAUCCCAGGGUUCUGGGAAGGUGUGGUUUAAGUUCAGGAAGGCAUGUCUCCUCAUCGUUCAACACAGAGUGUUUGAAGUCUUUAUGAUCUUCAUCAUCCUGCUUAGCAGCGCUGCUUUGGUCCUAGAAGACACACUCAUAGAACCCAACGAAGUCAUGCAGGAGGUGCUAGACAAAGCAGACCUGGUGUUCACCUGCCUGUUCCUGACAGAAAUGCUGCUGAAGUGGAUCGCCUUGGGAUUCAAGCAAUACUUCACUAGCUUCUGGUGCUGGCUUGACUUCCUUGUCUUAGAUGUCUCUAUGUUCGGUUUGAUUGGUAAAACACUGGGAUACUCCAGCAAUUCGCUAAAGACCCUGAGGGCCCUGAGGACCUUGAGGGUACCAUCCCGCUUCAAAGGCAUGAGGGUGGUGCUUCAGAGCAUAGCAGCAAGUGUCCCCUCCAUGUGCAGCGCACUGCUGGUUGUUCUGUUCGUGUGGUUGAACUUCAGCAUCAUGGGAGUAAAUCUGUUUGCAGGAAAGUUUUACUCCUGUUUUAAUAUGACCACAAAAGAAAGAAUGGAUUGGGAUCAUAUCGCAAACAAGACAGACUGUCUUUACAUUCAGGAAAACAACACUGAUAUCUGCUGGAGGAAUGAACAUUUCAACUUUGACAACGUGGGCAUGGCUUUCCUUUCACUGCUGGUUAUGGCAACAUCAGCAGGCUGGAAAGAUAUCAUGCAUGAUGCUGUGGACUCCACACAGGUGGAGGACCAGCCACAGUUUGAGUACAGACUGAACAUGUAUCUGUACUUUGUCCUUUUCAUCAUCUUCGGCUGCUUCUUCUGCUCCAACCUCCUCAUCAGGGCCUGUAUUGAUGCUCUCCAUAAGCAGAAUAACAAGGCUGGAGGGAAACAUGUCCUCAGGACGGAGCAGCAGCUAAAGUUUCAUGUAACUGUAGGAAAGAUUUUCCCCAAGUCACCUGAGAAGGCUGCUCCACGCCCACAAAACCGGUGCAUUGCUCGCCUGUUUGAUCUGGUGACUGCCCCAACAUUUGAAAUCCUGGUUGUGGUAGUAAUUUGUGUGAAAGUGUUGUCGAUGAUGAUGGAAAGGGAUGAUCAGUCUAUGCUGGCAUACACCGUAAUGAUGUGGUUCCACUUCAUCAUCAUGAUUCUUUUCCUCAUCGAGUUCAUCCUGAAAAUCAUUGCACUAAGACAGCACUACUUCAGCUUUGGCCUCAACAUCUUGGACUUUGUAGUCCUGAUCUAUGCGAUUUUUGGAUUCUUCUUUCAUGAUAUCUUUGAGAAGUAUCUCAUAAUAGAUAUCUUUAUUCUUCGACUGCUUCGAAUCAGCAGAGUUCUCCCAUUGAUCCCCUGGACCAAACGGUUGCAGAAGCUGAUCAUUGGCUUUAUAAUGUCUAUUCCUGCCCUCCUCAACAUUGGCCUAGUCAUCUUCCUUGUGGUGUACACCUAUUCCUUCGUUGGGAUGUGUACUUUUUGCACUGUGGAGAUGGAGUCUUGGCUUUACAACUUUGACACAUUUGGGAACAGCAUGAUCAGUAUGAUUACCGUCACAACCUCCUCUCAUUGGAACCGUUUUCUGUAUUCCAUCAUGGAAGAGCUUGUAGAAUGUGACUUGAAGACACCUGACUCAUCUUCAGACUUUGGCCGCCCAUACACAGGCAUUUUCUUUUUCUCAUCCUACAUGCUGCUGUACCUGCUGCUUGUUAUCCACCUCUUCAUUGCAGUUGUCAUGGAAAGCUUCAACAGCAUCAAAUCUGAGGACUCUAAUUUACUGCAAAUGUUUUACAAAACCUGGAGGAAGUUUGAUCCUAAUGCCUUACAGGUUAUACAGUACACUGAGCUGUCUGAUUUUUGCGAUGCUCUUCCGGCUCCACUGAGGAUACCCAAACCAAACAGUAUCCAACUGAACCACAUGGAUCUGCCUCUUCUUGCAGGAGACCAGAUCUGCUGCUUUGACGUUCUACGAGCACUCAUGACACAGGCAUUUGGUGAAUCAGCAGAGACUGAAGCUCUUCAAGCCAGACUGAAAGAAAAGUUCAACAACGCAGAAAAGGUGUCUCGUGAACCAGUCAGCAGCACCCUGAAGAGAAAACAGGAACAAGUGGCAGCAGCAGUGAUCCAAAGAGCCUUCAGGAAACACCAGGUGCAAAAUAGAGCUGAUGAAACUCCAGACCAGGCUGUGGGAGAAACCACAGAUGUGUUGGUGUCUUCCCAUUGAUCACUGGUUUCAGAAUCUGGAUAUUUUUCACCUGAAGCAUUUGUUCCCUCAGGGUUACUGUUCUGAUUAGAAUCCCCCUGAUCCAGGUUCAGGUGAUAAUGUUAUUAACAAUGUGUGCAGGAAAUUAAAUGACUCCACGUUCACAGAACCUUCUUGCAUAAUCUUGUUUCUGUAUGUUGUAGACUAAAGAACUAAUCAGCACAAUAGUUAGCAUUAGACUAACUCUCAGCUAACCUGAACUUCUCUCUUGAAAUGUAGUAACCAGUCAGACAUAAACCUGUUGUCUCCACAACCACUGGUCAAGAGGGGGUUUCUGUGGAGAUAUUUGUAUUGAUCCUAAAGAAACAAGAAUAAACUGCAGUUUUAUUUUGACAUUAAAAAAGUCUAUUAACCCUUCAUCUUUACCGAAUAUACAUUUCUCUAAUUUUAAUGCUGUUUAAAAAAAUAGACAUUAAUAACAUGAAUAUGAAAAUUCUCAUAGAUUUUUUGUGUAAAGAUUUUCACCCUUCAUGUGUAGCCCCCAGGGUGCUGCUGCGGGCCAAAGUUACUAAAACUGUAAUCUUUACAACAUCUUUAUUUUCCUCUUUCCUUACUAUUCUGUGAGGUUUUAUGUUAUUUUAUCAACAAACAUCUAGAUCAGUCAGAAUAAAAUAUUAUUAAAUCUCUAUGACUUUGUGGUACUGCAGUAGCUUUGGCAGGAAGAAGGUUCGGGUUUGAAUCCCGGCCUUGGAGUUUUCAUGCUCUCACCAUGCAUGUUUCUGUUCUCUACAGGUACUCUUAGGUAAACCGAUCUCCCUAAGUAGAGGGAGACCAUUAAGUAAUUGUAUGCAAGAACUGCAAAACAAGAACAGUUCUACCUGAGUGGUUUAAAGGACACGGAAAGUUCUGCUUAUGAAGAACCACUUUGGUUUCUUUUUUCCUGUCAUUUUUUUUGUUUGGUUUAUAUGUAUGAUUGUUUUCUAUAUCAUGUUUUAUUAUUUUGAAAUAUCAUUUAAGUUCAUAGUUUUUAUAUGUACUUUGUAUAAAAGCCAAUCUCGGGACAAGUGCUGAACAUUUGCACUAUAAACACCAUGACACAUGCAUAGGACUUCUUCUUUAUUCAGUUUGUCUAUUUUUGUGUCUCUGUCCCUAUGAAAAGAAACUUUAUAAAUAAAAAGAUUUAAUAAAAACAUACUGAAAAUUCAUACUGUAAUAUGCGUGCACUAAUACUUACACAUCUUAAUGUAUGUUUAACAGUAUACCCUAUGUCUCUGUGUUGCCUUGUGGUUGAUUGUUAACCUAUCCACGCUGUACACCACCCCUUGCGCAGUAAUGAUAAGAGCUGUAAAUAGUUAAUGGAUGUGUUAAUGGAGUCAAAAUCUUUUAAGUUGUAGCAUUUCUGGUCUAAAUUUAGCUUUCAGUUUGUUGUUAAUAACAGAUAAUGUGGAAAAUGAGCUACAGAUAUUAAUAAAUGUAAAUCCCUUUAUUGUCUCA